GAGUGCUGCAUAGGGAGAGCUGAUUGCCGAAGCAUGCGCUGUGAAGUGGAGAUAGGGAGCUGAAACAGAGAGGACAGGACAGCACAGACGAGGAGACUUCAGGGCCGAGAUGGCAAGAAAGCUGCUGGAGGAAAAGAGAAAGGACUUGCCAGACCAGGACCAUGACGAGAGAAUUUAAACUGAAAUAUGCUGCUAGGAGAGGCUUUAGUCCCCUGACUGACCGUGGACCGGGAUACGCAGGUGUAGAAGAUGGAUAGCAGGAUAUUAGUAAUAAAAGGCCUGUUUUGGGAAACUAAAUUGGAGAGUGUAAACAGUCAACUAACUACUAGCAAGGAUGCAUCUGGUUGUGAAACCUUCACAUAAAGCUAUGUUCACCGUGCUGCCUCACUUGGUGGAGGAAGCUGCUCUGACUCAGAGGGAGAUCUGUCGCAUCCUCAGUGAGAGCUUCUUCAUGGUCAAAGGAGCCGCCCUCUUCCUCCAGCAGGGCGGCAGCGCACAAGGACCAAAGACCCCGACCCACCACAAACAUGCAGGAGAUUUACCUCAACACCUGCAGGUCAUGUUUAAGAUCCUCCGGUCCGAAGAUCGCAUUAAACUGGCUGUACGGUUAGAGAGUGGAUGGUCAGACCGGGUACGCUACAUGGUUGUUAUCUACACCAACGGCCAUCAAGACACAGAGGAAAAUAUCGUCCUGGGAAUGGACUUCACAGACAAGGACAGUAAAGAUUGCUCUAUUGGGAUGGUGCUACCACUGUGGAGUGAUACCAACAUACAUUUAGAUGGAGAUGGAGGCUUCAGUGUGAACACAGCAGGGCGGUCACAUGUCUUCAAGCCUGUGUCUGUGCAGGCCAUGUGGUCUGCCCUGCAGAUCCUCCACAAAGCAUGCGAGGUGUCACGCCGGUUCAACUACUUCCCAGGUGGCAUUGCUCUCACUUGGAUGGCCUUCUAUGAGAGCUGCAUCACCUCAGAGCAAAGCUGCGUCAAUGAGUGGAAUGCCAUGACCGACCUGGAGACCACCAGGCCUGACUCGCCCACCAUGUUUGUCGACCGCCCAACUGAACGAGAGAGAACAGAGUGUCUCAUCAAAGCCAAGCUACGCAGCAUCAUGACGUUUCAAGACCUGGAGAACAUCACCUCGAAGGAGAUCCGUAACGAGCUGGAGCAGCACAUGAGUUGUAACCUCACAGAGUACAAAGAGUUUAUCGACAACGAGAUGCUUCUGAUCCUGGGACAGAUGGACAAGCCCACACUUAUCUUUGACCAUGUGUAUUUGGGCUCUGAGUGGAACGCUUCCAACUUGGAAGAACUCCGUGACUGCGGAGUUGGUUACAUCCUGAAUGUUACUAGAGAGAUUGACAACUUCUUCCCGGGGAUGUUCUCUUAUCACAACAUCCGUGUGUACGAUGAGGAGGCCACGGAUCUGCUGGCCCACUGGAACGAAACCUACAACUUUAUUGUCAAAGCCAAGAAGAACAACUCCAAGUGCCUGGUGCACUGUAAGAUGGGAGUGAGCCGGUCUGCCUCUACAGUUAUUGCCUAUGCAAUGAAGGAGCACGGCUGGUCUCUGGAGAAAGCAUACAACUUUGUCAAGCAGAAACGCAGUAUAGCUCAGCCAAACGCUGCUUUCAUGAGACAGCUGGCAGAAUAUGAGGGAAUCCUGGAUGCAAGUAAACAGCGCCACAACAAGCUAUGGAGGACUGAAACAGAUGAGGAGGGAUCAGAUGACUUGCAAGCCUCUGGCCACAGUACUGGUGGGGAGGAGACACCAGUGCUCAGAGGGGAAGAAGCCUGGGGAGGCUGCGGGGCAUCUCCCUGCAGAGGUAUGGGUCUGGAGAUGGAGCCCCUUGACUCUCUUAACUACAAUUAUUACUUCAGACGUUUGUCAGACUCUGCACUAGACAGCGAGCCCUCCACCCCAGUGCGGGGUCCCCCCCUGCUAGGUAUGGAAAGAGUUUUCAUUGAGAUUGAAGACGUGGAGAGGGAUGCCCUAUUGGAGGAUGAGGGUUUCCCCAUGGCCCAUUUAGCUCUGCCUGGCAGUGGCACGGCAGCUCAAACGUGUGGGCGCCUUGACCCCAUGGAAGACAUGAGACUGAGGCUCGAGUUCAGUACUUUGGAGGAAGAGGAUGAGGAAGAGGCCAAGAAAGAGGAAGCUGAGAUGGCGGCCUUGGCUCAAACACCUGGAAAUUCAGAUGGGAAGAAGGCUGGGGAGGAGGCAGAGAGGACGGAGGAAAGCCGGCUAGGCCUAGCCAAUCUGAACACCAAUAACAGUAACCGCCUAGCUGCCAAGCGCAGCUGCCCUGCAGCUUUUGACGACAGUGCUAGCACAGGAAACCCUUUAAAAGUGAAGCCCUCCUAUCAGUCCUGUAAAGAUUGCCUGCGUCUACAACAAGGGCGGCGCUGUGACCGUCCAGCAGGAGGCCGUUCCCAUCGCCUUAACCCCUCUCGCCACUGCACUGUCCCCUCCAUAUGCAUUGAUCCGCCCGGGACCAAUUUUUCAUCCACCCCAAUUCUGCAGUCUCUGCAAACCCCUGCAGUUGUCCUGUCUAACUUGGUCCAGCCCUGUAGUCAUCUCUACCGCUGUUCCACCUGCGCCCCCGUUGUCCUACCUGUCCCACUAACCAACCACCAAAAACUGGUCUCACCGAUGAGCUGUGAGGAGAUCCCUCCUGACCGCAGCUCAGUGGAGACAGAGGACAUGGACGAACCACAGGGGGACGACGUCGGAGAACAAAUAUCUAUGGAGGGUACAGGGGCCAUCAGUGCAACUACUGCUGAAGCUUUAAAAUUACAACCUGGAGGUGCAGUGGAACUCGAGCAGCAGGCUCUGGCCCAGCUGCAAAUGCCAGGACUGGGAAUAGAGUUUGGUCUGGAACUGAUGAGACAGAGAGCAGAGCAGCUUGAGAAGCUGCCAAGCUUGGCCAUGGAGGGCCAGCUCCCAGUGAGGCCCCUGCCUUAAUACAGUGGCCCGGGCAUGGAUGCGAUGGAGAAGGAGGCUUACCACUGCCUCCACCAGGUACACUUUAAUGGCUUUGGGCCUUUAGAUGACUGCCGCUGGAGUGUCAUACCAGAAACAAAGCUCUGCUUUGACCUGUACUGUCAUGUCCUGGCCUCAUGGCUGUACUGUAACAAGCUGCAACAGCCCUCUGUGCAUUUACAGAGUGUCCUGUCAUCAUCUACUGGCAUUAAGAUUCAGAUGAGGCUGGUUAUUUUGACCACACACUAAAGGCUUGAAUGCUUCUGGCCAUGUAAGGACUGAAGACUUUCCUGUGUUCCUCAGACUUGAUUCCCUUCUGAGCCCGCCAGCCCCAACACCACAUACAGGAUCAUCACUCUUCCCCACAGCACAGUGGAGAUUUUACCCUCAACAGACAGGUUUGACAUAUUCCCAAGACAGGAAACGGUGGUGGUUUCUAACACCUGAGAGUUAUAGCUAGCAUUCUGAUGUUGAUGGAAAGAAAGGUACCUGAGGUAAUAAUGCUUCUGUCAGUGUACUGUAUGUUUUUCAAUCCAAACUCAUCAACAGUAUUCAUGAAGGAGCUCAAUGAAUGUUUGCAGUUGAGCCUGUUUGAUUGCAUUCAGUAUCUCAUGUUACUACUGAUAGCUGAACCCUCACUUACCUUCACUUAAUAUUUUCCCUGCUACAGCUGCUUUUGCAUCACGAGAGGGCAUUUUAUGUAAAGAAAUAAUCAUUUUUUUGAAAAGAAUGUGAGCCUUUUUAUGCUUCUUUGUAAAGCUCCGUACCUCGGACCACAAGCAUCUCAGACUGUUUGGUCAAAGACCGUUUUGUGGCGGGUUCACCCCGACCUCCAUUACAGUUAAUGUAAUCGUGUACUUAAGGCACUCACUUUAGCCCACACAUGACUUUGCAGAUUUACGAAACAUAUCUUCAACAUGCUUAGACAGAUGACAUAUUAAAAUCCCCUUUUAAUUUCACAGAGGUUUUUGAAAUACUGAAAAAAACUUUUGGCUUUCAAAUGUGUCAUUAUUCCGUUUAAGUGACAACAAAAGGCAUAAUUAUUGACUGAAUUGAACCUAACCACUCGUCUUAUGCCUGAAAGAAUGACAAAAGAAAAAUAUACUGAAGAGAUACUUUCAGUUGUUGGAAGACAUUACAUUCAGUCAGAUGUUAAGAAACAUUCGUAAGCUUAAAUGUAAAUCUAUUUUCAAUUCCUGAUGUAAUCAAAGCCAUAUCAUGUUGCCAGGUCCAGUGAAUCACCUUCAUGAUUUUAGAUGGCAAAGAAGCAGUUUCCUUUGAUAUAUUAUACAUACUUUUCUUACUUUCUUAACCAGCGUGCAUCUCAUCUCACCCAGUUAACGUUUUGGUCACAUGUUGAAAAACUAGAAGCUACCUUUCCCUAAAUAAACAAACAUUUGCAAAGGCACACUAAUCAUAUAGAUUUAGCACCUGAGGACAACUCUAGUAUCCAAUCACACAGUGCAUAUAUUUCAAAAAUAUAUGCUAGCUACAUUUAAUCAAACUGGUGAGAACACUAAAGCAAAAAUAGAGACAUCAGGAGUAAAGAAAAAUCUACAAUAGUUAUAUCCUUUGUGAGUGUCAUUUAUUCGAUCUAAUCAUCAGACAGCUACAGUCAACAGCAGAUGCUGCUGAGAACUUUGUUGGUAAUUGAUUGUUUUUGUGAACUAAAAUAAAAUGUUAUUUGACUUUCAAAUUACCAAAUGAAACAUUUCUAUUUACAGUGUGAAAAUUAGAAAGUAUAUUCUGAAUUUACAAUACAAGAUUUCCUUUGUUUUAAAUACAUGAGGAACCUAUCAAGAAAACUGCGAAGCCCAGCACUCACAGGUUUUUGACAUCUCAACACUAAAACUCCAACAAUCAGUGUGAAUGAAGACUGAACAAGUCUGUCUAGACCUUCUUUUAUUUUGUAUGCUUUCUGACUGUUUGAGGCGCAUGUUUUGUUCAAAAUGUGCCACCAAUCCAAAGUUGCUGUGCCACCGGUGUUACUCUACAAGUUCUUCUGUUUGGUUGAUGUUGUGUUUGCUUACUGUUUUGGGGCACGCUGGGUGUGCUGAAAUGGUAUUGAAUGAUGCCUGUUUGUAUGCAGGAAAAGCACAUGCAAGUGUUAUUACUGUGUUUAAAAAUCUGAGUGCUUCAGAAGAAAUGAAAACUGUGCAAAGAAUGAAUGCAAAUUAUUAUAUCCUCUUUAACCAUA